AACGAAAAGGAAGAGAAGAGUAAAUUUAUAAUAAUGGUUUCACAAAGCCGUCGAGAAAAAUCCACAUUCGAUGUAGAAAAUGAUUGUUUGUAGGCUCCGUUCCCGCCUUCUCCACAUUCUUCACUCAUCUUCUUCAAGAUUGCUAGCCGUCCCAGAAGAUGCUGCAAGAAGUUCAAGAACAUGGGUUGAUUGUGGGUUUCGUCCAAAUUACCAAGCAUCAAGAUCAUAUUCUCGUGGGGAGCGCAAACAUUAUGACCUCUUUGGAAAUGUCCGGCCUGGUGAUAAGGAAUUUAGGAAAGCCUGGGAAAAGCAGAUGAAUGAAGAAGAAUCUACUUUAUGGACUGACAGUGAUGCUGAGGCAGACAAUAAAGAAGAGAAAAAAAAUCAUCUCGAAGAUGAGAUAAGAAAGGUAAGGCAGCAGGCAAAAGAACACUCUGACUUGAUUGAUGCUGAUGACAGUGAUGAAUUAUGGAGUGUUUGGUCUGGGAGCGAUGAAGAGAAGACCUUGUGGACUGGUAGUGAAGGUGACGAUGAUGAUGAUAUUCCUACAGAGGCCUACCCCAAUGAAAAUAGUGACAAAUACAUAGAUAGACUAUUCGAAUUUGAGGAAACAUCUAAAUACCGAACAAUUUCGGAACUCUUGAAAUCUGAACAGGAACCAGAAGAGUUAUCCCCUGGAAAACAAGCCAGGAAACUUGCUGUCGAGAAUGCAUUGAAGAAGUUAAAGAAAGGGCCGGAUGGUCGUUAUACCAAUGUGUGGGAGGUCAUAACUGAUAUAGAUAUCUUGUUAGGAGCUUUUGAAAACAUAGUCUCAGGACCUGAAUAUGCAGAGCUCAGACAGGAAGGGCAGAAGAAAUUGAAUAUUCAGUUUUUCAAGGAUAUACAAGCACGCAUGAGAGAUCCAAAUUUUAAGUACUCGCCUGAACUGAAGUUGAAACCAAAAAGCAAACUGGUUCCCCAAAAGAAGUGGCAGAAAGCACAGUCUCGGCGAAGGAAAGCACAGAAGCGAUGAGUAUAAAUUUUUCUUUUUGCCUCCAUUUAUGAAUUUUAUUUACUUAUAGACUCUUGGCUUAGUGUUCAUAUCUAUCUUAUGGCUACAAUAUAGUUUAUCAGAAUUCUUCUGGGCAGAUCCCACGAGUAUCAUACAAAUAUAUUGAUUCAUGUUCUAUGCUUCUGUAAACUCUCUUUCUCCAUUUCUCUCAUUUCAUAUAUAGGAGGAUAUGCAUGCCUAGUCUCCAGAAUUCUUGAAUGAUCCUAGCCCUUUUAGAAAAUAGUGGCAGGAUUGCACUAUUUUAAUGCAAAUAGGUUUUGAAUUUUGGGUUC